AUGAGUACGACAUCUUUGUGUCUGCCACUGACGGAACCUGUGUCAGCAACUUCAGUGCCCCCUUCAGACAAGACCCAGAAUGUUAGCGCUACCCUGGUCUGUGUCAAUCACUCCGCUCUGGUCUCAUGGGUAGGAAGCCCCAGGGAUGUAAGAUACAAUGUGACAUUGACAGGCCAGGAUGGACACACACAGCACUGCCACACCAACACUACAAGUUGCCAGCUAUUUGACAUCGACUGCGGUGAAACCUAUAGCAUCACGGUCACACCGUACUCUAAGACAUGCAGAGGACACCCAAGUGCAGUUUACAGCUUUGAAGCAGGUCUUUGCGCUCCCAUUAAUGUCACCGUGUCUCCGGCGUGUGAGGACAGGACUGUCUCUUGGACUCAUGUAACAGGGGCUGAGAUGUACAUAGCAACAGCAACUGCAGCUGAUGGACACAAACACACUUGCAGCUCAAACUAUUCCAGCUCAUGCAAUUUCACUGGCCUCCACUGUGGGGAAACCUACACUGUUACUGUUGUAACUGUGGACAGGGGCUGCUGGAGCGAGCCCAGCUCAGCCGUGGACAUGAAAACAGCUUUGUGUCCACCUACCAACUUGAAGGGCCAAGUCAGUUGUGAUACCAACACAAUGACUCUCACAUGGGACCCGACUCCAUUGUCCGGGGUCACCUACACUUUACAAACUGAUCUAGGCAGCCAAUUCACUCCUUCAGUGUACACUACCUCUAAUACGUCACACACGCUGACCAACGGGCUGUGUGGACAGCGAUAUGCUGUGCGCAUUGCAGCACAGGAUGGAAACUGCCGCGGCAGAUACAGUUCGCCCAUAGAAAUAAGCACAGCCCCUUGUCAGCCAACCAACCUCAUUGCUCAUGUAGACUGUGGGACAAACAAAGGGAAUUUCUCCUGGUUUCAAAGCAGUGGAGUAGGUUUCUACACUGUUAAGGUGACAGGAGAGAAUGGCCACGUAGCAUCCUGUUCCUCCAAUGACACUUCCUGUGCUGUAAGACUUGACUGUGGCCACUCAUACUCGGCUACACUGGUGGCUUCCACAGACAGCUGCAACAGCAGCAAACAUGCUGACAUUAAUUUUGACUCAGCUCCCUGUCUCAUAGAAGAUGUCUCAGCUGAGUUACAGUGUAAUACCAACGUGAUGAAUGUGAGUUGGACAGAGACCCCAGGCACAGACAAUUACACCGCCUGGGCCAUCAGCACAGAUGGACACAGAGCUUCCUGCAACUCAACGUCCAACUCCUGCUCCAUUCAUGAUCUGCAGUGUAGCAAGGUCUACGAGGUGGCUGUCACCUCCUCCUCCAUCCACUGCACAAUCAUUUCUGGUUCUGACUACAAUGUUCAGUCUGCUCCUUGUAAACCUGAGAACAUCGCUGUGGACCAAAGUUGUAGCAGCAAGACGAUGACAGUAAAGUGGAGCCAGGGCAGCACAACACAGAACAACACUGUUACAGCGACGUCUGCUUCAGGUGUUAACUCCACCUGGGACUCCAGUGAGAGCAGCUACUCCUUCCUGGACCUGAGCUGUGGUCAGCUCUACACUUUCACUGUGAUGGGACACACUAAUGUGUGCAUGAGCGAGAUGAGCACUCCUGUAGAGAAGCUCACCGCCCCAUGUCCUCCCACCAAUGUGUCAGCUGUACUGAACUGUACUACACGUACCGCUCUGGUCAGAUGGAGUAGUGCAGCUGCAGCCACAGCCUACAGCGUCCAGGCAACCUCCAUGAGUGGACUCAACUCCUCCUGCAGUGACAUGGGCACAUCCUGUAGCCUCAACAACCUGGUCUGUGGACUAGAAUACUCUGUUGUUGUGGAGGCAAUGAACACUGGCUGCCCUGGCCCUGCCAGUGCCCCUGCCAUGCUCGCUACAGAGCCCUGUGCCCCCGUGAAUCUCUCUGUCCACUACAAUGUGAGCACUGCUCAGGUGAUGUGGGGGGCAGCAAGAGGUGCCAGCUCAUACUCUGUCCAGGCUGUGACUGCCCAGGGCUGGACGGUCACCUGUAACACCACCAACACCAGCUGCUCCCUGAAUGGCCUGCAGUGUGGUCAGAUCUACAACAUCACCGUAAGGGCACAGAACCGGGCCUGUGACAGUGUGAUCUCUAAAACCCAUCACCUCAAGACAGAACCCUGCCCACCCACCAACGUUAAAGCCAGUUUGGAGUGUGACCACCGUAUUUUGACAGUUUCCUGGCAGCAGAGUGACUUUGCUGACUGA